GAGCAGCCUGCAGAGCCUCUCAUGCCUGACUUGGCACGAAGUCCUGAGGUGCUUAGAGGUGGUGGGUGAAUGCUCUGUACCGGGGCUGAUUCCUCACGAGUACAGCUUUAGAAUCUGGCAUUCUCCACUGUUGCAGGGCCUGCAGACUUUCAGCUGAACUCUCAUCUCUCAACGCUGGCAAACAUUCAUAAGAUCUACCAUACCCUUAACAAGCUAAAUCUGACAGAAGACGUUGGCCAAGACGAUCACCAAACAGGAAGCCUGCGGUCUUGCAGUUCUUCGGACUGCUUUAGCAAAGUGAUGCCACCCAGGAAAAAGAGAAGACCUGCCUCUGGAGACGACUUAUCUGCCAAAAAAAGCAGGCAUGACAGCAUGUAUAGGAAAUACGAGUCAACUAGAAUAAAGACUGAAGAAGAGGCCUUCUCCAGUAAGCGGUGCCUGGAGUGGUUUUAUGAAUAUGCAGGAGCUGAGGAUGCGGUGGGUCCUGAAGGCAUGGAAAAGUUCUGUGAAGACAUUGGUGUUGAACCAGAAAACGUAGUUAUGCUUGUCCUAGCUUGGAAAUUGGAUGCACAAAACAUGGGCUAUUUUACACUACAGGAGUGGCUGAAAGGAAUGACUUCCCUACAAUGUGAUACAACAGAAAAACUCAGAACUACUUUGGAUUACUUAAGAUCAUUAUUAAACGAUACAACAAACUUUAAGCUCAUUUACAGAUACGCGUUUGACUUUGCACGGGAAAAGGACCAGCGCAGCCUAGACAUAAACACUGCCAAGUGCAUGUUGGGACUGUUAUUAGGAAAAAUCUGGCCCCUUUUUCCAGUUUUUCACCAAUUCUUAGAGCAAUCAAAAUAUAAAGUGAUAAACAAGGACCAGUGGUACAACGUGCUGGAGUUCAGCAGGACAGUCAGCCUCGACCUCAGCAACUACGAUGAAGACGGAGCGUGGCCAGUUUUGUUGGACGAGUUUGUGGAAUGGUAUAAAGACAAGCAGAUGUCCUAGGACCUUAUGCAUAGCAGCGAGAGAGUCACUGUUACCACGAUUAUGUCACCCAUUAGCCAUAAACUGCUGUUUGUACCGAAGCGCAUGCUGCUUUUCUUGCACUGUCUGCCUCUCGCAGGGUUUUGGUGUUUGCUAUUGAAUGGGCCGUUCUGCUUGACGUGUCGCGUUGUCCCCUGGAGGCUGCUCUGCAGUUCGCUUUCACACUACAGAUUGGUGAAUGUGCCAACGUCCUCACUGUGAUUAUGUGUAUAUUGCUGUUUAAAUUUUGUAUAUGUGUAUAAAAUGAAAAGCUUCACCUAGAGAUUAUUUCUGCAAAAAUGUAUUGUAAAAAUAAUUUUGUGGCAUAUUUUUAGUCCCCCCCCCUUUUUUUUCAAAUGAACCAGUUAUACUUUACUUGGUCAGAUGUAGCAUUUCAGAAAACAUAACUGUCCCCAUAAGCAAGUAUUGCCAGAAUUAACUUCACUGCUUAAGAGGCCAACUUCUGGAAGAAGUAGGAGCCAUGACUUACUGUAGCAUAAGCCAAAUAUGACUUGGUUUCCUUGACAACUUUGAUAUUUUAAAGUUAUAAAAGCUAUAAUUUAUUUGAGUGCACAGACACAUGACAUGCUACAAAGCCUUUCUAACACAAAAAGUACAGGUUUAUGGGGUUUUCCUUCCCUCCUCCCCCUCUUCCUCCUCCUCUUCCUCCUCCUCUUCUUCCUCUUCUUCUUCCUCCUCUUCCUCCUCCUCCUCCUCCUUCUUCUUAAAUUGCUCCUUAUUUUACAUUGUAGCUGAAGUUUCCGUAUUUGUGUUUGGUCUGCUGCAGCUCUCCGUGCCACUGUAAGUCAAAUGUCCUUUGCCUCCUCCAUGAGCCUCCUGGUUUGCUGGUGGCAGAACUGCAAAGCACUUUGAACUAUGGCUUGAGAUUUUAGUUACCUUUUAUGGUGUCUGUAACCCCCUUCCUGGGGUUGUGGAAUUUUCUGUUUGUUUGUUUGUUUGUUUGUUUUUGUUUUUUGUUUUAAACCACAAGUGAGGGGUGUUUGUUUUCUGUCUUUGUUUCCUCCCUGCUGGGCGUCUCCUGGCAACAUGUCCAUUGCAGGCAGUGGACUGGAAACCACCAGCAUUGAACUAACCCUGUUCACAUUGGGACCUUUCUCGGAGGGGCCACUUGUCAUUCCCUGAGUCACGCGUACAGAAGGGCAAUAGCCAUUAUGUGGAUGAGAAAACCAGAGCCAACACAGUGGUAGUUGUGAGUUUGUAUCUUAAGUCUUAUGUUUAAGGUUUGUAUUUGCUUGUCUUGCCCCUCUUGCAGAAGUACACAGUUAACAGGUUUUCCCAACUAUUUGGUGCUACGACUCACUCAGUCCCUGAAGUUUAUGAAAACACAUCUAAGAUUUAACCCAGUGAAGAGCUAAUGACUUUUGCUGGGUAAACGGUUUAGUGUGAUAAGAUCCUGCCCAGGCAGGUGAUGACUGGAAGAUGUUGGGAUUUUCGGCCGAAAAAGAAAAAAAAAAAGUCUUCUGCAUUAAAUGUGAACCUUAAAUGGCAUUAAAUGAGCAGAGCACACAGACAAUGCUACCCCUGACCACUGUCUUACAGUUCCUUUUUCAAAAUGUUGCUAUUUUCAUAUUAUUUCUUUCCCUGAUUGAACCACCAAAGACAGAAAUGUUGUAUGUAUAUAUCGUGUGCGUGCAUAUACAAAAUCAUGAUACGGUGGAAUGCAAAUCCUUGCCUUUUUCUACCAAAUAAUGAGGUUUGGUUUGCUGUGAAAUACAUCAGAAGUUUAAAAAACCAACAACCCAAUAUUGCUUUAGCCUAGUUAAUCGUCCUCUGUCUGUAGUCUCAGUUAUGAAUUGGUAUCUGAGUACGAGGUAAACUCUUGGAAAACCACAGCUGUUGAGACUGUGAAAGGCAUUCCAGUGCAGACAGGUGUGUGACAGUGGGGACUGCUGAAGUCAGGCACAGCUCUGUGGAGAAGGAUUCCUUUUUAGGUGUUCCCAAGGUUAAAGAAUCAUUCUCUCAGGGUGACUGUUCUUGAGGUAGAUCAGCUGUCAAUUGCCUCGAUGCAAAGAUGGAUCAUAGACGGGACUGUUUUAAAUGCUGUGUGGGAGUCUAGAGAAGGUUUUAAACACUAAGCACAGUGAAUGUGCAAAUGAAGGGUUAUUACCAGGGUGAGACAGUCCAUCUCAUCUACAGUGAACAUUUUGAUACUAAAGACUCAAGUAAAAACCACCGUGAUGUGUCCAAUGGAAGUCAGCAUUCCGGAGGGGAUGACCAAUAUUUACAACUCCAGAUAAUCUCUGAACUGCCUCGAGAAACAAACCACUGUGACUGUGGCUUGCCUUUGGAUUUCUCGAUUUUACAGAGCUAUUUUUAAGGGGAGUCAGACCGUUAAUAAGACAUCUUUUCUUGAAGAAUCGCCAAGUUAUCCAAGUUGAAUGAUCACCAAGAGCACUUCCGGCCAUCGUUGGAAGAAGCCAGGGCAGGGCGCCUUCGGUUCUCUGGUACCUGAGCUCCAGCCACCCUUCCUCCUUCACUUGUGUUUCAGGGUGUGGCAACGCCCUCUUGUUGGGGAAUGCAUCUUGUAGACGUUUACACUGCACUAGGUAGAAGUUAUCUGGCAGGAUUUGCCAGAUACCCAUGGUAGCCUUAGGCGCGCCUCUUCUGAAGCAUGAACUCUUGAGUUCAGUAUUGAUAACUGAUUAGACGAAUCUCUAGAUUCUGGUUUCACAGAUUUCUUUCUGUUGCCUCUAAGUCUUCAUCCUAACCAUACUUUUGAAGUUUAUACAGAAAGCUUUAAGAGUUUAGUUUGUGCCCUUGGUUUUUAUUUUUACAACUGCUAAAAUACCUCUGUAAGCCUUAUCCCUUAUCCUUUCAUAGCUGUAUAAAAUUGUAUAGAACUCAUUGACCAACUGAAAUGUUGGGUAUCUGUAAAUGAGACCAAAAUGUGGAUUGCUUUUUUUCAUAAAAUAAUUUCUAUUGGGCGUUGCUGUGAAAUGAACAGCAGCCAGCCUAUAACUGUGAAUGCCUUGUGUCGUCAGUAUUUGCAUUACAUUCAUAAAAGUGUGCAAGUCCUGUGACUCCCAGCUUAACUAAAAUACUGUUAUGCCACUUAACGAGCACAGCAAACUGGUUUAGAUUUUAAUGGAAUUGAUGUAAAAUGAUAGCCCAUAAAUAAACAGAUAUCUGUGUUUGGUUUCAGAA